AUGGCGCACAAGACAGCUGAAUUUGAUCAAAUGGUGGAGAGACUCAUGGAGGAGUGGCAUGUACCGGGCCUUUCCAUUGCAGUUGUCCAAGGCGACCAUAUCGACGCAAAGGCCUAUGGCUACGCCAAACUUCCUAGUGAGAAAUGCACCACAGAAACCAUCUUCGACUUGGCGAGCGUUUCCAAGUGCACCACAGCAGCCGCGGCCGCCCUCCUCGUCGAAGACACCAACUACCCAGACAUGCAAUGGCAGACCCCAGUCUCCAAGCUCAUCCCCUCGGACUUCGUCUUACCCACCCAGUCCCUCACCGACCAGGUGACCCUCGAGGACAUCCUCAGCCACCGCUCUGGAAUUCCGACGCACGACGAGUCCUACCUGGGCGUGACAGCCGCCCACCCGGACGACGCCCGCUCCCUGACCCGCAACCUGCGCAACCUCCCCUUCACCGCAGCCCUGCGCACAAAGAUGCAGUACUCCAACAUCAUGUUCAGCGUCGCCACCCACCUCGUCGAGUCCCUGUCCAAGGAGGACUACACGUCGUUCCUGCACUCCCGCAUCUGGGAGCCCCUGGCCAUGAACAACACCUUCCAGGACCGGCCCGACGUGCCGCCCUCGGCGCACGAGGCCCAGGGCUACCGGUGGGACGAGGGCACCAACGCUUACGUCCCCGUCCCCAUCGUCGCGUCCCCGGAGGGCCGCGGCGCGGGGUGCGUCCUCACCUCCGCGGGCGACUAUGCAAAGUUCGUGCGCUCCCUGAUCAAGCGGGCGGCGCCGCUGUCUGCCGAGUCGCACAAGGCGCUCGUUGAGCCGCGGAGUAUCGAGGUGAACGACGAGGCGCUGCCGGGUUAUUCGGAUGUGUCGCUGUACGCCCUGGGGCUGUAUCGGGAUACGUAUCGCGGGAGGACGCUCAUCACGCAUGACGGGGCGGUGCCGGGGUUUAAGGCGGCCAUGGCGUUCUUGCCGGCGAAGGAGUGGGGGGUGGUCAUUUGUACGAAUUCGAAUUCGGGGGCGUAUGUGAAGGGGAUUUUGGAGCAUUGGCUUAUGGAUGAGGUGUUGGGGGUGAGGGAUGAGGAACGAGUAGAUUGGGAGAAGGUGUUUAGGGAUAGGAGGGCUAAAUAUUUGGAAUCAGUCAAGAAGGAGAAGGAGAAGCCUGAGUACAAGGUGCCCGAGGAUCCGGAGCCGUUGGGGGUGGCGGUCGAAGGGCUGGUGGGGAGGUACUUCAACAAAGGGUACAAGGAAAUUCGGUUGGAGAUGAGGGAGGGGAAGGUGGUCGCGGACUGCUCUGACCGAUGCUUUCCGUUUGUGAUUACCUUUGAGCACCUUUCGGGGAGAAGGUUCGUGGCUGAUAUGCACGACGUGUGGGACAACUAUGACUUCAAGAAGAAGGCCGAGGUGAAGGUGGAUGAGGAGGGUAAGGUUAUAGCUGUUGGUGUUGAUUUUGAGGACGACAUGGAGGAUUUGAUUUGGUUUGAGAAAAUCGAGGCCUAG